CACUCCAUCCUAUUCACAAGUAUAAUUGUGUAUCUCUACGCGCUUUAGCACCGCCAUUUGUGACGGAACCGUUCUGAGACGAUAUCUUCUGCAAUCUGAAGCAUCCCUCAGCAAACUCGACUUAUAUUGACUAAAAGCGACGAACAACUCCGUCUCAUGUCGUCCUCGAUCGAGAAUCUGAAAACAUUUGAUCCCUUUGCUGAUGCAAGUAAGUCCGAGGAAGGCAGUGGGCAGGACUCACUGAUUCACAUAAGAAUACAGCAGCGCAAUGGUCGCAAAACCCUGACCACUGUGCAGGGCAUCAGUGAAGACUACGACAAGAAGAAGAUUGUCAAGGCUUUCAAGAAGGAGUUUGCAUGCAAUGGUACAGUUGUGGAGCAUCCUGAAUACGGUGAAGUGAUCCAGCUUCAGGGAGACCAGCGCAACAAGGUGUGUGACCUUCUUGUCACCUGGAAGCUGGCCACUGCUGGCAACCUCAAGGUCCACGGCUUCUAAAUCACCAAGCGGUCAUUUGGCCCGACUGGCGGUGUUGAUGGUCCCGACUGACCGGACACACUUUUUACACAUAGCUUUAGAUUUUAGAGCAGGAGAACCAGUGUAGCAUGAGGUGGUAAACUAGACAGCAGACUCACAUGUAUUGGAUCUGAACCGACACAAUUCAAUGGUUUUACAGCAGCGAAGAAGUUAGCCAGAGCUGGAGGUAUGGAGGGAGUAACAUGAAGUGUCAUGCAGAAAGACCUAACCUAUUAUUUGUUGGUCAGCCAUAGUUAAGUGAUCUAAUGGUAUGAAUCAAGUAGGGGAAGAACUGUAGCCUGUUAAUACUGCCUGGACAGAGAUAGCUCUUGUCGAUAUGUGCAGACCUUUAUCUAUACUGCUGAUGUAUGUUGUAAUCAGUACAUGUAGACAAGGGCUGUGUAUGUUGAGAUAUGUUAAUCAGGUUAGUAAAGUAUGUCAAAAACAUUUGGAAUGGUAACUUGUGUAAGCAUCAGUCUUAAUCUGCCUACAAUUUAUGUCCACCUAUUGUUUUGCAAUUUCCUGCAUUGUAUGAAUAAACUUCACGUCAAAUAUCUGUU